CUUCCAAAUAAGUCAAAGCACGCCAACCGCACAUUUGCAUUGACUCGUUGAACAGCCAAAGAUCUUUCGUUCAGAAUGGCGGGGACAAAUGGGGGAGGUUUCGACUUUGACCUCGUCAAGCGUAAUUCUAUGCUAGAGGGUAAGGGCAUGACCCUGCCAAAGGCGUGGAAGACGGGAACGACUAUCGCGGGGCUCAUCUUCAAGGAUGGUGUGGUGCUGGGAGCCGAUACCCGCUCCACCUCGGGCUCGACUGUCGCGGACAAGAACUGCUCCAAGAUCCACUACAUUACGCCCAAUAUCUAUGCGUGCGGUGCCGGGACAGCUGCCGAUCUGGAGCAUGUAACAGACAUGGUGUCCGGUCAGCUCGCGCUGCACCGGUACGCCACCGGGCGCAAUGCGCGCGUCAUCACGGCCAUGACCAUGUUCAAGCAGCACCUAUUCAAGUACCAGGGGCACGUGGGCGCGGCGCUGGUGCUGGGCGGCUAUGACAUCAACGGCCCCCACCUGUUCACGAUCUACCCUCACGGCUCCACCGACUCGCUGCCCUUCGCCACCAUGGGCAGCGGCAGCCUGAACGCCAUGGCCAUGUUCGAGGCCUACUACAAGGACGACAUGAACCGCGCGGAGGCCAUGGAGCUGGUGGCCAAGGGCAUCAGGUCGGGUGUGUUGAACGACCUGGGCAGCGGCAGCAACGUGGACCUGUGCGUCAUCACCAAGGACGGCGUGGAGUACCUGCGCAACUACGAGUAUCUGCAGGCCAAGACCUACAGCCGCAAGUUCCCCGUCAAGUACGCGCCCGGCACCGCCACCGUGCUGCGGCAGCGGAUACUCAGCCUCAAGGACGUGGAGGUGACGGAAGGCGUGCCGGAGGAGAUGGACGUGUCGUAAGCGGCGGCUGGCGGCAGUUGAAGGCCUGGAUGAGACGGAGGAAGUCAGCUGGAAGAGGUCAGCAGAAGGUGGAGGUCGAGGAGGAGGUCAGGAAUCUAGGUUAUGCGGUGGGCGUGGAGGAAGUGUGAGAAAGAGCGGAAGGCAUGGGAUGGCGCUGCCGCGUGUGUACGGGGCGUGUCAAUGCUGUAAUGGUGCUGCUGGUGACGGUUGAAGCUGUUGCUGGUGUGAUGGGGGGCUGGAGUGUGUAGCGCAGUGUAGCGAAAGGGACAAAGGAGGCUGCAUCCAUCCCAGGCUGAAGGCAGCGGGUUACAGUUAAGUCUGCGGCGGGUUAUAUCUGCGAACCGGCUUGGCGGCGCGCGUGCUGCAUGUGCUGCGAUGCGAGCACUUGCGGUGACUGCUGUGGUACUGGUGUCGUGUAGCUGUCAGCAAACGUGACGACUGCGCAAUCAUAAUAUGUAACAGCAGAUUGAC